CGCCUGACAACAGGCCGGAAGGAAUGCAUGUGUACGGAAGCCAGUGCGGGCCAGGCGACGCAUUGAGCUGGGGCUCGAGCACCCGAGUGGGGACAAGGAAGGAGAUCGGCGGCUUCAGAUGAACGUUACAGCGAGUCGGGCGGCCCCGAGGUUCUGGUAAUAUCAGGAAGACAAUUUUCUUUCAAAAUCUCUGAUCUGGUGAACUAUUGCGUAAGCUUGGAAGUUGUACAGAUUAAUGGAAUUUGUCUAACAUUUGGUAACUUGAAAAUGAUAAACAAAUGAUUUCCAAUGCCAGAUGCUAUGUCAGAGGGGGAUCGAGAAAGGCAUGAUUGGUUCAUCUUCAUGAGGAAUAACUCGCAUCGUUGCAAAAUACAAAUUUUUUUUUGCCCUUGGAUUUCAAAAUUUCUGUGGUGUAAGAUACAACAGUCCAUGAGGCACAUGCAUCUGGAGACUUCUCAGAAAGAGCAGUCUAACAACUUGUCUCAGCAGGCUACAAGCCAGGCAGAUGGGAGUUUUCAAGAUGCACCAAUGAGUGACUAUCGCUUGGAGUCAAGUGAAGUCAUCCCCGAAAGAGGAAUUUUGGCAGGGUAUAGCGAGAAUGAGGUUAGAAUUCAAAAAGUGUAUCAACUUUCAAUAUUUUCUCACCUUUCUAAUUCUUCAAGUAGUUUGGAACAGAGAAAUGGCAAACGGGGUUUUAAAAGAAGUGUAACUGAACUUCAUCCAGAUCUUGAACUUGAACUCAAUGAGGAAAGAAUCCACGUGCACUGCAGGAAUUCUGCCACGUUGACUGAAAGUCGAAAUGCAUCUCAUUGUGGAACUGAUAAUGGUAAUUUUUCUGAAAAAAGCAUAGAAAAGCCAAGUGACUAUCCAGACCAACAAGGUGUUAGUUUCCAUAAUGAAGAACCAAUUGUGCAUGGUUCCGCACAACACUUUUCCCACAGUGGUUUGCAUGUUAUUGAACAUAAAGACUCCCAGGACAGCAAUCUGGCAGAAGAUGGUGAGACUGGCUCACAUAGAAAUAAAGUGGUGCCAACAACACCAUCCUCUGAGAAAGACGUUCAACCUAUUAACAGCGCUGGACUGCCAUCAUCUGAGAAAACGCCUUCUUCUUUAGGACACUCAAGUACAAUCUCUGUCAGAUGUACAGCAAAACGGAAGCUGCUAUCACCAACAAAUGCAAUAGGGAAAGAUAUGUGCUCAGGGGAUGAAAUCCCUUCUGUUGCGAAGAAAUGUAGGAUUCAGUUAACUAAUUCCAUCCCAGUUUCAUGCAGAAGUACUGAUGCCAAAGCAGCACCUUUCUGGAAUCACUUACUUCCAUCUUCAAGGGAUGCAUUGAAGAAUUCCUCUGAUUGCUUCAGUGGUACCAGAAGAUUAAAGAAUGGAUUGCGCUUAAAAUCGAGACGUCUACGGAGUGCAUUUGCAGGAGAAUCCAACAAGUUUUCAUCAAGAAGCAGCACAAGUCCUUCUAUUAGUCGUUCCUUGCUAGGAAAUUUUGAGGAAUCCUUGUUAAAUGGCAGAUUUGCCCCAUCAGGAAGAAUUGAAGGUUUUACAGCUGAACUUGGGGCAAGUGGAUCAUAUUGCCCACAGCAUGUAACACUACCUGUGGAUGUAUCUUACUACAAUAUUUCUGAACAUAGUGCCCCAUCACCAUUCCUGGGUGUGAUAAAUCUGGAAUCUUUGGGAAAGAAGGGUUACAAUGUCCCCAAGGCAGGAACCAUCCAAGUGACCUUAUUCAACCCAAACAAAACUGUGGUGAAAAUGUUUCUUGUGACAUAUGACUUCAGCGACAUGCCACCAAACCACAUUACGCUUCUGCGCCACAGGAUUUUUCUUGUGCCAGUGGAAGAAAAUGCAGGAACAUGCGAAAAUAUGGAAAAUUCAGACGUAAAAAGAAAAGUACUAUGUUAUCUGAUUCAUUUACGGUUUCAAAGUUCAAAGUCUGGAAAAAUCUACUUGCACAGUGAUAUUAGGCUGCUGUUUUCCCGAAAAUCAAGUGAAGUGGAUGCUGGAAUUCCUUAUGAGUUAAAGUCAUUUACAGAAAUGCCAAGAAAUCCAAAAUAUUCACCACGAGUUUAGCACAUUAAUUUGAAAACUAUCUGUAUUGAAGUUCAGUGAUUAUUUAUCUAGCGACUGGUUCUAACUAUGGAGAAAACCUUUCAGUUCAGUGUUUAAGAUGCAUGCUUUGUCAUAAAUAUUAAGGAUUUGUUUAAAGUGCAGUUUCCAAUUGUGACAUUCUGUACAUUUUGAUUUAAAAGAGCACAGGAAACUUGCUUUAAUGUAGGCCUGAAAUAUUUAAUAUACAUUUUUGCUCUAAGUACAUGGAAAUUUAAUUCCUUAACCCAAGUAUCAAAAUUCCAUUUUACUUUGAAACAUUGAUCUAUUUAUCUUAAAUAUCUUUGAUUGCCUGUAUUAAUAAUUAUUGUAAUUGUGGGUUUCUUGAUUUUUAAACUAAUCAGGACCACAAAAGAGACAUUUUCAGUUUGAGAAUAAAUAAAUAGUAAAUGGUUGAUUUAACUCUUUAAUUUAUAGAGCUUAUGCAAAAAUCUUUGCAAUAUCUAAUUUAUAGAAAUGUGAAUAUUGCUGCUGCUGCUGCUGCUGCUGCUGCUGCUUCCAGAUUUGUUCGUGGGGAAAACCUAUUCCUUUCUCCAAUAACUUAAUUUUAUUUUUAAUAGAUUUAAAUAUCUUGCCCAAAAAUUCAGUUUGCUGCAAAAACUGAUUUUAAUGAGUUCUUGUCUUGCCCCACAUUUUGAAAUUAUAGUAACAAGGUGAGAAAACAUAGUUGAAUUGCAAGUCUCAACCAUUUUUCUUUCUAGCACUGUAACUCUUUCAUUUUCUAAUUAUGUCCAAGUCUUGCAUUUGGCAUUAGCAAAAGAUGUAUGGUCUGGUUGGGAGAAGAGGUGGAAAUUAUCUUCCAUUACGUCUGCAACUAUUAAUUUUCCACCAACAACUAGCAAAUCCUUGAGACAAUGGAGUGAAUAUUAAUUUGCUUGACUUUUUUUUAUUAAUAACCUAAUCAACUGAGAAAAAUCUAGCCGCUGCUUUCCCCUUGAUGCUUCAACCAUAAAUCCAUACCCAAAUAUUGGUACACACAAUUUGUGUACAAAUGCACUGUGAUAUUUUGGUAACGGUUAAUAUGAAUAAACUAUUUUUGCCAAAGUGUUUGAGAAGGGGGAAUUCCUUGGACUAGUAGAUGUCCAGAUGACCCUUCAUUCUCGAGUAAAUGAAACAUUUUGUAUGGGCAAACUGUAGAUUAAAGAGUUAAUUAAAAUAUUUCCUAAUGUUAGUUUUAUUUUGCAUUAUGCACUGUGUGGUAUAUUCGGAGGUACGCUUCAGAAAAAUACAUUUGUUUUUGUUCUUAAUAUUAUCAUUGUUGUCCAAACUCCUAAACCUACUAAUCAUAUUGUUGAAACAGUUGUAGAAACAAAAAGCUAAGUGAAGUAGAUUGUAUUUUUGAUGGAAUAAACUGCUGUAAAAAUAUUGGUUUUGAAUGUUCUUUUAAAAUGCAUGCCAAAUAAAAUGUUGCUAUGA